GGCAUGUUGAUGAAAGGGAAACUGAUACCCAUUGGUGGAUGGUGGAGUAUAAAAAGACGUCAUUUCCUGUUCUGGGUCCUUUUUUCGAUUCCGUGUGGUACUGAUCUCCAUACGGCGUUGUCUCGUGCUCUCCCGUUUCACUCGUUACGCAGGGAAAGUGGUCGCGAUGUCCGGAGGUCUGGAUGUGCUACAGAUGAGGGAGGAGGAUGUGCUCAAGUUCCUUGCAGCAGCAACACAUCUGGGAGGGACCAACUUGGACUUCCAGAUGGAGCACUACGUGUACAAGAGGAAGAGCGAUGGUGUGUACAUCAUCAACCUGAAGAAGACAUGGGAGAAGCUGCUCCUGGCUGCCCGUGCCAUUGUUGCCAUUGAGAACCCCGCUGACGUCUGCGUCAUCUCCUCCAGGAACACUGGGCAGAGAGCUGUGCUGAAGUUCGCCUCAGCCACUGGCGCCACCACCUUCGCCGGUCGCUUCACCCCUGGGACCUUCACCAAUCAGAUCCAGGCUGCCUUCAGGGAGCCCCGCCUCCUGAUCGUCACCGACCCCCGGGCCGAUCACCAGCCCCUGACCGAGGCCUCCUACGUCAACAUCCCCACCAUCGCCCUGUGCAACACCGACUCUCCCCUGAGAUACGUGGACAUCGCCAUCCCCUGCAACAACAAGGGUCAUCACUCUGUGGGUCUGAUGUGGUGGAUGCUGGCCAGGGAGGUUCUGAGGAUGAGAGGCACCAUCUCCAGGGAGCACCCCUGGGAGGUCAUGCCUGAUCUGUACUUCUACAGAGACCCAGAUGAGAUCGAGAAGGAGGAGCAGGCCGCGGCUGAGAAGGCCGUGGGAAAGGAGGAGUUCCAGGGGGAGUGGACCGCUCCCGUGGCAGACUUUGCGCAGCCCGAGGUGGCUGACUGGUCUGAGGGUGUGCAGGUGCCAUCUGUCCCCAUCCAGCAGUUCCCCGCAGCUGCUCCCCCUCCCAAGGCCCCUACUCCAGCUGCCGCUGAAGUGUUUGCAGAGGACUGGAGUGCGCAGCCUGCCACAGAGGAUUGGGCAGCUGCUCCCACCGCCCAGGCUUCCGAAUGGGGUGGCACAACUUCCGAUUGGUCUUAAGCGAAUCUUGUGAAAACCACAAAAGCUGUUUUGACUUGCUCAAUAAAAAUGGCAGUUUGUUUAAAAA